UUUGAUAUGAACAACAUCAAUUCCAACUAUUAAAAAUAACUCAUUAAACAUUAUAUAUAUAACCCUAGCUUGAAAGAUGGAGUUUUUGUUUGGGAUGGAGAAGAUUAAGGGAUUGAAAAAAGAAAGCCUUCGCUUAGAAGAUUGAGUUUUUGUUAAGAGGAAUUAUCUGAAAUAGUUUUGAGUUUUCUUAUACAUUCAAUAAAAACACAGACGGAGUGUGUGUUUUGGAGAAGAUGAAUGGAGGAAUGAUGUUGGUCCGUGCUUGCAGCUGCAAGUUUUUCAAUCUUUCCUUUGAGAACUUCAAGGGAUCACAUUUCAUGCUUUCGACAACGCCAUUUUUUAAAUCUUCUCCAGCUAUCAUGGCUAUGUCAACAACCCAGGGUACGGGAAAGGAGGGGGAGAAGAGAUACAGAGGACCAAUUCCAAAGAAGAAUAUAAUUGAGGAAUGGAUAUGGAAGAAUGAGAAUGUGGUUCGGACAUCACCCAUAUAUGUUGGGUGUAUGUCACUAGCCGCCAUAAUCCUCAACCGCAGCUUAUCAGGAAUCUCUCCAAUUGUGGAUGCCAGCAGUUCACAAUCAAGAGCAGAUGUUUUGACACUUGCCUUGGCAGUAACUGUUAUUUUUACUGGUCUGGUUUGGAUAUCUAUUCAACCCAAAUAUUUGCCACCUGUGCAACUUCAAGGAAUAGAGUGCAAUAUUGUGGAGGAGGCGUUGCCUGCAAAGACAGCAGCUGAGCUAUACUGGGUAUGGGAAUCUUUGGCAGAUAUAACAUGUUGUCAGGCUUUGGUUAUUGUGUAUGAUGGUCAUUGCUUCCUUCAAGUUGGUUUGGCUGCUGAAUCUGCCACAGUGAAAGGAAAGGCUAUGCAAGUUGAUGCUGGAAAACUUAUGCAGGGUUCCCUUUGCCAAGAAAUUUGGAGAUCUGGAAAGCAAAAUUACUUGGCUAAUCUUGUUCUUUAUCCUGGACGUCUUGAAUUACCAUUUUUGCCCCAAAAUACUCAGGCAGUUAUUUUACAACCACUUGGAGACAAGGGUGUCAUGGUUGUUGCAGGAGACACGAUUCGAGGAUUUAGUGAAAGUGACCAGAGAUGGAUUGAUAUAAUUGGUGAGAAAUUGGAUAGCACAUUGUCAAAGUUUAGAGCUCCCGUAUCCAGUAAUUCAGUUAGGGCAGAGCUAUUUUGGAGUAAUGUGUGUUGCGGAUUUGUUAGGAUGAUUUCGGUGAUCAAUUUCGUGUUUGAGAUGAUUGGGCCGACUUAUGGGAAGCAUUUUAUCAUCUUGUUUCAGUUCGCAUUUGGAUUUGUGAUCAGAUUGAGUUGACUUGGUGGAACACAUUUCAUGUUGUGUGUUAUGCGGUUUUUGGAAUCCGACAUGGUUUUUUGAUUCUUUUUUAUGGUGCGGAUGUAUAAGAUUGACUUGGUUGAUCCUUUUGGUGUGUGAUUAGCAAAUAAAGUCUGUGUGAGAGAAUUUGUAAGUUUGGUGAAGAUUUUGUUGCUCGAUAUGUGACAGAGCAGAAGAACAAUGUAGAAUAUCAAAUCAGUUGCAGAAGACAAUGUGAGCCUAACUAGAACUGUAUUUUGACAUAGUUAGAUGCUACAUUUUACUUCAUUUAUCAUUGUAAUCAUUUUGUAAUAGUUUGAAAGGUAGUGAGCCUUCCUCUGGGUUGUAGCACUUUUAUAAUUGAGAAGUGAGCUCUAGGCAGUGACCCCGAAUGCAAAUGCAUUCCCCUUUUGUAAUAUUGUUCUACUACUAGCCAUAGU